UUGUCAAAAAAAUAAUGAUUAGAUUAGAUUUUUGCCAACACACAGUAGUAAUCCCAUUUCCUCAAAUCGGUGGAUUUUGAUGUUUAUGCUUUGCCGUAGGCUUCCCUCACUUGCACGCACAGCAACAACAACAACAACCUUUCUCUGCAAAUCUAUGGAGCCUACGGUGACGGCGACGGCGACUUCCUCUUUCGGUGUUGGGUCUUCUCGACUCGCCGCUUUGGCUCAGCAACUCCGCGGAUACAAGCCGCCUCCUUCUUCAUCGUUUGAUGAGGCCGAGGAGUUGCAGACAGAUCAGGAGACCGCAGGGAAAGUGGUUUCUCAAGUUGGGUUUCAGGAAUCUAUGAUUGCUCCGGUUUCGAAAGACCCUGAGAGGUUUAGACCCAAGAGAGCCGCUGUGUUGAUCUGUAUCUUCGAAGGAGACGAUGGUGAUUUGCGUGUUAUCCUCACUAAGAGAUCUUCCAGAUUGUCUACUCACUCAGGAGAGGUUUCACUGCCAGGUGGUAAAGCGGAUGAGGGUGAUAAAGAUGAUGGGAUGACUGCAACCAGAGAGGCCGAGGAAGAGAUUGGAUUGGACCCUUCCCUUGUUGAUGUUGUCACUUCUCUCGAACCAUUUCUCUCUAAGCAUCUCCUUAGAGUAAUUCCUGUGAUAGGUAUCUUAAGGGACAAAACAAAAUUCAAUCCGAUACCAAAUCCUGCCGAAGUGGAAGCUGUUUUUGAUGCACCAUUGGAAAUGUUUCUUAAGGAUGAGAACCGAAGAUCUGAAGAGAGAGAGUGGAUGGGCGAAAAGUAUUUGAUCCACUACUUUGACUACAGAACAGGAGAUAAGGAUUAUAUGAUAUGGGGUUUAACUGCUGGGAUUUUGAUCAGAGCUGCAUCUGUGACUUAUCAGCGACCACCUGCUUUUAUCGAACAGAGCCCAAAGUUUAAGUAUCCUAAAUUGGUAGAAAAGCAUACUUGUAUGCCUAAAUGAAUAUAAUUUUUUGUUUGAUGCUUUCCUAGAUCAGUUUUCUUCCACUAGAAGAUCAACGAGAAGACAAUAACAAUCCAUACAACUGAUUCUCUAUACCAGUAGAUGCAGAACUAGUCUACUUGUUAGGCAUCUCAUGAAAGGUUUCCAGAACAUCAGAAGAUAAUUGGAGGGGUUUUCAUCUCGGCAUGAUCUAGAGAACAGCUGGCUGGUUAUGAGUCUAGGCAAGCAUCAUCCUCAAUCGUCUUUUUUGGAGAACAACUCAGAAUCAUUUCCCAAGGCUCAUUUCCCAUUGUAGAAUUUGUGCUAAAUAUAUUUGUAUCUUGAACAGAUUUGAAAUCAAACUUCUCUUGUGAGCCUUAUGAUUUUUUUAUUAAUCAUGUUUAUAGUCAUCAUUUUAGAUUCAAGCAUUCACACAGCAUUUUCGUUGUCAUCUCUGGACUAGAUUUGUCGUGUUUCAGUGGUUCAUUCAGUUAGGUUAAUCCCAGGGAGCAUUCUCAUAUUAAAUUCUCUUUUCCUGUGAUUGCAUGGUUUUGGUUUUAUCUGGUUCUACAGUGGCACUUUAUUCCUCUGCAAAUGGCUUCGAUUCUGCAUGCUUGAAAGAAGUCGCACUGUAGACUUGUUCUAAAGGUAUGAAUCUGCACUGGCUACUCAUUCUAAAGGCAAGAACGAUCCUUUCCCUAUUCUUGCUGCUCAUUCAUGGAGGAUUCGACAAUGUACAGCUAAAAAUUGUCAGCUGAAAUUUUUGACCUUCUACUUAGAAAAAGCCAAUGGGGCACUCCGAGAAUCGAACUCGGGACCUCUCGCACCCAAAGCGAGAAUCAUACCACUAGACCAAAUGCCCUGUAUUUAUUAUGCUGUUCAGCUCAUUCUUGUAAAUCUUGUUUCACACAAAACAGAAGAUUUAUGAAGGAGACUGGUCACAAAGAUUUAUUGAUUGGACGUGCAAGAGCGCCCAUUCUUGUUGAAUCUGGCAGCUUAACAAACGUGAUGCUUUUCGCCAUGUAAAGUUCAGAGAUUGGACACGAAACAGCGUUCAUUCUUGGUAAAUGUGGCUGCUUACAAUAGUUGAUAGUCCUUUCUAUAUGAAGGUUACUGAUGAAACAGCUUCGUAUGUGAAAAGCGGUUCUAAGCCGAUGGUUCUCUGCUUUAUGUGGAGCCUUGUUUUCUUUUUGUGAAAUGAGAGAUGCACAUCUUUUCUAUUUCUAAGAGAACGUUGUAUGUACUUUACAAGGCAGCAUCUCCUGUGAGUAAUUCCGUCAAUACGAAUGUAAUGGUACGAAGGAGCUUUAAAUACGAAUGAUGAGAGUCAGAGAAGAGCCGUAAGUUGAACUACCCUCAAUGGUUUGCCAUGUGAAUGAGUUUUUCCUGAACAAGGUUCUCUUGACGACUGACGAGUCUGUUUCUGCCUGAAGAAUAGCGAGAAUACGAUACACUUCUCACUACUGAUUCUCCAUAUAAUGUUCGACGAAUCUCUCUGUUUGUUGGAAGAUCAUUUCGACGGUCUCCUUUUUCUUCAUCACCUAGAUUAGUCUUUUACUUGUGAGUGUGAGUUUCCUGGUUAUGGUUAUGGAACAGAUUCUAUUGUAAGAAACACCUUUACGCUUGGCUUUGGAGAACAGCUUAUCCCCCUCUCCCCCUUCCAUUGUAGACACUGUUCUGUUCAUUUUAAUGUACUCUUAUUAAAUUUGGAAGCAAAA